ACUGCCCCCUGCACCAUAAAUAGCAGCCGGAGGAAGCAGGAGCCUCACAGAGCCGCCGGAGCAGCAACAGCAGCAGGAACAACUGCCCGAGACACAGCCGAGGAUGAGAGCGAUUGUGGUGACCCUCGCCCUGGUGUUCCUCACAGGGACCCAGGCUCGGUACUUCUGGCAGCACGAUGACCCCCAGACGCGCCUGGACCGCUUCAAGGACAUGCUGAACGUCUACAUGGAGACCAUGAAAGCCAGUGGCAAGGAAGUCGUGGCCCAGUUCGAUGCCUCGGCAGUGGGCAAGCAACUGGACCUGAAAGUGGGCGACACCCUGGACUCUCUGAGCUCAACGAUAGUGCAGAUGAAGGAGGAUCUGGCCCCCUACUACGAGGAGAUGCGGGAUGCGUGGGACAAGGAGACGGAGAGCUUGCAGAGCGAGGUGGCGCAGGACCUGGAGCAGGUGCGGCAGAAGUUCCAGACCGCCCUGGAGCAGUUCGCGCAGCAAUGGGGGGCCGAGGUGGACCAGUACAGGGAGAAGCUGGUGCCCGUGGUGUCCAAUGUGAAGGAUCUGUCGAGGCAGAAGUUGGAGCUGCUGCAGCAGCAGCUGACGCCGCUGGCAGAGGAGGCGCAGGAGCGGAUGCGUGGGCACGUGGACAAGCUGCGCAAGACCCUGGCGCCCUACAAGGAGGAGCUGACCCAGAAGAUGCAGAAGCUGCGCGAGAGCCUCCCCUACACCUCCAACGUCCGGGACCAGGCCGUCCAGCACCUCAGCAACCUGCGCGAGAAGGUCACGCCCCUGGUGCAGGACCUCAGGGAGAGCAUCAAGCCCUACACCGAGAGCAUCAAAACCCACCUCUUGAACCUGUUCCAGGAGGCCCGCAAGACCCUGUCCUGAGCCCCGGGCCCGUGCCCUGCCUCUGGGGCCAUCUGCUCCCACCCCAGGCAGUGCAUCCUCUGGCUUUGUCCAAUAAACCUGCUUUAAGUUA